AUGGCGAAGGCAUUCAGCGUGUCGGUGGGAACCGCUGUUGAAUGCGCCUCAUUCACCGUCUCUUGGACAGGCGGCCAAAGCCCCUUUCAGAUUUCUAUUUUCCCCACAGCGGUUACAAAGGUUUUCGACGUCCCGAGAUUCUACUCUGUGCCAUCCUCGGCAUACAAUGGAAACCAAGGAUCUUAUACCAUUUCUCAGUUGCCACUGGCACAGGGGACUAAGUUCGUGUUGACGGUAUCUGAUGCUACCGGGUUCGGAACCGGGGGUGCAACUGAUGUGAUACAGGUGGCGGAGUCCACCAGUAGCUCCAGCUGCAACACUACUACUCCGGCCCUUAGCUACACUUACAAUUUACCAUCGUCUCUUCAGCAAUGCGCACCCUACGUCUUCAACGGAUACCAAGGAGCGGCAUUGCCUGUUACUUUUGUGGGGCUCAUUCCUGGCGGGGAGGCCUUUGUCCUUCAGUCUGGUGUGGCAACCAGCAGCUACACCUGGACGACAAAUGUGCAGGCCGGGACCUCGAUUAUAUUUUCAAUGUUGGAUGCUCAAAAUAGGACAGGCGGCAGUUCUGACCUCGAGACAGUGCAGCUCUCAAACGAUGCUUCUUGCCUAAGUUCCACUUCCCCUUUAUCCACUGCGAGCAUCCCGCAGUCAUCACAAUCGGGGUCUUCCUCUCCGUCUACUAGCCCAACUGGUUCUAGCUCGACAAAAAUUUCUACUGCCACUAUCAUUGGAAUAGCUGGUGGAGGUGUGGUUGCCCUUGCCGCGCUGGUGUUCCUUGGAUUGUUCCUUAUCCGAAAGAGGCGCAGGAACUAUUCCAUGUACUCCCUUGCCACACCACGUAAUGCGCCUCUUUUACAUUCAUCGGGGGACCUUCAUCACGAUCCGGAUACGUCCAUGAAUGCGACCGUAUACCCCUUUCCAUACCAGCGAGACCACGCUCGUUCCUUCGUGCCGUCAGGUCAGACUACACCCAGCAUGUCCCACCGUGCUCUUCAGGACACUCACAGUUUACCCCGCACUUUGACAAGCCUGCAAGGGGACUCUUCCAUCGGCGCUCACUCCCCCAAUUCUGCGCCAUAUAGUGAUACAGGCAUGUCGUCGGUGCCGUCAUCUGCUCGUGGGAAGGGUUCCAUGACUGUUAUGAGUGCUCCCACACGCUUCAUUAUUCAUACGGAUGCAGAAGACGUUCCGCCUGCCGCACCGCAGGUCAUCGAACUCCCACCACAAUACUCAGAAAGGCCAGGGUCCGGACUGCAACAAUCACAAUCACGGCCUCUGUCGUCAGGAACUGAGUACGGAGACACGGAGCUUGCCUAUGCGUCGAACGCCAUAGACGCAAAUUCCGAUUUUCGGCCACCUCACUCGCCACCAUAG